UACCCUUCAAGCAGGCUUGGCUAAGCCUGUCUGACAGGCUACAACAGUAUUUCAUCAAUUCGACAUUGAGUUAACGUAAAAGUACCAAGAUGCCUGCUGAUUUUCUCUCGCUGCUCAAUAGCCGCGAUUCCUCGCUGAUCUCAUCGAACAAUCCCAUCAUCAAUGAUCUGGUUAAGCCCAUGAGCCUGGAGCUGAGCACCGCCGUGAAGUUGAUCGUCAAGACACGACGCCAGCGAAUGCAGGAGCUGUUCGCCCAGGAGCACGAGUGGGAGAAGGAGCAACUGUCGCGCCUCGGACUGAGCCGUAUCAAUGACACCUACAAAUGCUGCACUCCCGAUGGCUUGCGCAAGGUCAAGCUAUAGGCUUUUACUGUACAGAUUUCUACUCUUAAAAUUCCAAAUUUGUUUGUCUGAUCUCUUUGGGAAUCCACUUGCUGAAGUUGCUGCAGCUUGCUGGCUUCAGUUGGAUGCGAAAAACGGGGAAUAAAAUUCAUUUUACUCGUUAUAUUUUA